GGAUUUUCUCUUCAGUCAGCACUCGCUCCAUCCCCGUUCCACCUAGCGAAAUGUGCCACAUCCAUAAAUAUUCUCAAAUCUGUGACGGCGGCUGAUAUUAUUUAUAGCCGUGGGUGGCCAUAUUCGCGAGAACCAUCUCGCCCAAUCUCGCCUGACGAGCCCGCCCUGCCCUCCUCUUCAUCUUCUGCGCUGAUCGUCCGUGUGACGAGCGUACCUUGUCGUCUGCAAUGUGUCGAGGUCGGGGCGAGCGUCCGAGUCGAAAAAAUGAUCGAGAGCCGUAGCUUGUCGAUCGAGUAGUGCUAGAAUCGCUGGGAGAUCGGCACGCACGAGAUCGAGGCCGCGCCGUUGGAGAGAAUGCGUCGCCCUUGCUGACGAGCGCGUCGUGCUACCGCUCGCCGCCCCGUAAGAGUGUCGCGAACAACAAAGGACCCGUGUGUUUCCCGUCGUCGUGUUCCGAGCACGCGACAGUUGAAUUAAAGUCGCGAUAACGAGGGUGGACGGUUACGCGAGCCCGUUCCGCCAGACGACCCUUUGUUCGCCGAGGCUUCGAAAUUCGAGAGAUUGAUGAGGGAGUCGCGCCGAUCGAACCGCGUGACCGUAAGGUUAUGCGGAAUCUCUGGAGAAUAAAGACGUCAAGAUACUCUUAUGCGCUGGUUACUUGAAUUAAGCGAGAGAGACAGGAAGAGAAAGAGAGAGAGAGAGAGAAAGAGACGAGAGGAGAAAGAAGUAUUACGGAUAAUACGCGAGGACGCGUUAUGCUUCGAUACGUAAUUCGGCAAGUUCCGAGAAACCGACGUACAAGUUCCCCGUUUUAGAUCAGCUGAUCAGAGAAGCUAUAAGGUUCGACUAGGCUUGAAUAAAUGUUUGUCGAGUGUAUGCGUUGAGGAUAGUUGUCGAACGGGAGUUACCGUACGUGCUGAAACACAUAUUAAGAUAAGCGUUAAGGAUCACUAGAAGAAUUAGGUUAAAAAAAAAAAAGAAAUGUCAAUGAAUAAUUCGACGUCGGUAAGCGCCGGCAGGAGCGGCAAUAGUCUUCAAAAUCGAAAUUCGCAGAGGUCCACCCUCCUGAAAGUGGUGAUCCUCGGGGACGGCGGUGUCGGCAAGUCCUGUCUCAUGAACAGAUUUGUGUCGAAUCACUUCGACGAGCACAGUUUCCAUACCAUCGGGGUGGAGUUCCUCAACAAGGAUAUCGAGAUCAACGGCGAGGCGUACACGCUGCAGAUAUGGGACACAGCUGGGCAGGAGAGGUUUAAGACUCUUAGAACACCUUUUUACAGAGGCUCGGACAUUUGCCUACUUACUUACGCGGUAGACGAUAGAAUGAGUUUUAGGAAUCUGGCAUUAUGGAGAUCUGAAUUUCUUAAGUAUGCGGACGUUCAGGAGGGCUCCACUUUUCCAUUUAUUGUUGUUGGCAAUAAGGUGGACGUUCCCGAGUCCGAAAGACAAGUUUACACGGAAGAGGCUCAAGCAUGGUGUUUAGAAAAUGGUAAUCCUCCAUUAGUUGAAACAUCGGCGAAAGACGCCACUAAUGUCGAAGCAGCUUUUGGGGCAGCGGUUGACGCAUGGGCGCGGCUGGAAGCUAGAUUAGAGCGGCCUUUAGUGGAAGACACUGUCGAUCUCUCUAAACAACAGUCCCAGCAUCGUACGAGCUGCUGCAUGCCUGUUUCCGGCCCCGAAUCCACAUUUGUGACCAGAUAAUUGAAAUAGGCGGUAAGAAGAUAGACACGACACACAGUUUUUAUGUGAUGCAAAUCGACAUUUGAAUCGAUCGCUUAAAGUUUUCUUUAUGUUUGAAAGGGAUACACAUCAUCGCACUAUUCAACUCAUAGAAAAAUAGUGCUUACUAUUUAGGACCUAUAAGGAUACACGUUAGAACUGUAAGACAUUAUUUUCCUCUGUUUAGCCUGUGUCUUAUUUUUUUUGUCAUAUUCACAGCAAGACGCACAAUAUUCUUUUAAAAGUUUCUAGUACGUAGAGGAUCUGAAUGGGCUUACUAAAAUAAAGGUAUUAAAUAUAACUGUAAUCCCUUUUUGGUUUCAGCUUCAGAGAUAGAUAGUUUUACGAAUUAUAUUUGGGAUCGGUAAUCGGUUUCUUUACUGUUGGCAUGCUUUGUUUCUAGGUCUAACAAAAUAAUUUGAAGAGAAUCUCUUGCCUGUCUACAAUACUCUCUUCAUUAUAUGGUGAACUUACUUUAUUGACACUGGAAUUGCAUCAGUUGUGUGUAAAUAGGAUAUAUUGUGUUUCAAAUUUUUUACUUAAGACCAGUUAAGAUCUCCAAAGAAUGUAUGUGUGGACCGCAUAGAAUAUCAUUAGCAAUGAACGAGUGAUUCCUUUACCGGCUUAUAUUCUCUUUUUUAUAAAUUUUAACGAAAUACUCGAGCUACAGAGAUCGUAUAUAAGACAAAUAAUAUAUUGUGAUUGAUCUUUCCAGAAUACAAUCUUAAGAUAUAAGAUCAGAUUAAACGUCCUUAUUCUAUUAAAGCUUUGUGCAGCUCUUAAGCUAUCGACAGUAUUUUAAGUGUUUCAUACACCAUUGGCUUGUGAUAAGAUAAUGAUAAUAAUAAUAAUAAGAAUAAUAACUACGAAUUAAUUUAUUACAUAAGAGAUAGGCAUAAAUUGUAAUUUUAACUUUGUAAUCUAAAUUUGCCUUAUUCUCGCGAGGUACAUCUGAGAGCAGUAAAGUGAUGUGAUCUUUAUUUAAGCGCGAUCUUGCUACAAAUGCCCAUGUCUAUAUGCGAAUUUAGUGUUUGUACAAAAUGUAGCAUAUGCUUGUCUGCUCUUGGAACAUUUUACAUUCAGUAUCUAAAGAUUUUUCUAAAAAAUUAAUAACAUUAUGAAAGUAAAGCUUUUUGUACGAUUGUCGAUGCAUAUGAUGCGUUCCUAUACGUAAAUCCCCGCGUAUCUCAUUCCUAGUAAACGGAAAUGGAUUUAAAGGGAUUGAAGAUUUAUAAUCUAUUUUAAUUCAUUUGAAUGCAUUUCGGAUUAAAGCAAUUACGUCAUUUUAAUCUUAUAUCACAGAUUAAAAUGGAUUGUGUGAAAAUUUCUUUUGAUUUAAAAGAAUAGGAAACUUUAUUUCAGUCCUGUUUCAUGGAUUAAAAUUACAUGGUCCAUGUAUAACUUUUUUUUAAAUUAAAAGAAUAAGAAAUGUAACUUUAUUCCCACUUUAUGCUAUAAAAUGGAUUUAAGGAAUUCUUAAACUUUAAUUGGAUUGAAAUAAAUUUUAAAAAAUCAAGAACUUUGAUUCGGCAAGGACCGCACGAAUCCAUUUUUAUUCAUUCCCAUUUGUUGGGCAGAUGGUACUUGAUUCUUUAAAAAUGCCUCACACAGAGUACAAGGAAAAAGUAUAUAAUGAUUUUUCAAUAAUACGAUUCGGAUUAAUUGCGUAUGAAAUGUGCAUGCUGGUGCUUUUUACAUAAAUGGCUAUAUAUGCUAUAUAUAAAUUUAGAAUAAAGCAUAGAAUAAUACAGUAGUUAAGAUGUUAAGUGCAUAAAACUAAUCAUAUCAAGGUGAUGACCACCUCAUGAUUAUCGUAAAUCAGGCAUUCUUACGCCAAAUCUCUAUACGAAAUCUAUGAAUUAUUUUUAAAAGGAUGCACUACUGCACAUAUAUAAAAAAAGUCUUAUUUGAAAGCUGCGCGUAUCGAUUAUUUAUUAUUUUUACAUAUUUAGCAAACAAGGCCACUUUUCAUAUGUACAUGACCUAUGUAAAAUAUAUACAUAUGUAUGUGUAUGCCUUAAGAUUUUAUAAUUCUAGGAGUCGAUUUUGCAAGAAAAAAAAUAAACUUACACUGUGCUUGUUUAAGAAUCGUCAUAUUCUUGUAAAUCGGUUAAUAUAUCCCUUUUUUCAUGAAAAAAAUGUUCUCAAUUGCGUCUGAGAAGAAUGUUUUGUAAAAAUAUUUGAAUAAACGACGACAGAUGAUGCAAUAAAUAAUUGGAAUGUGAUAAGAGGUUAUAACCUGGAAAUUAAAAAAAGAAAAGGAA